CGGGCCCGGCGCGCGGGCGGGCGAUGCCGGGGCCCGGGGCGCGGGCCGAGGAGCGCGGCGGCGAGGGCGCGGGCCCCGCGCGGCUCUGCGGGUACCUGCAGAAGCUGUCGGGCAAGGGCCCGCUGCGCGGCUACCGCAGCCGCUGGUUCGUGUUCGACGCGCGCCGCUGCUACCUGUACUACUUCAAGAGCCCCCAGGACGCGCUGCCCCUCGGCCACCUGGACAUCGCCGACGCCUGCUUCAGCUACCAGGGCCCCGACGAGGCGGCGGAACCCGGCGCCGAGCCGCCCGCGCACUUCCAGGUGCACAGCGCGGACGGCGUCACGGUGCUCAAGGCUCCGAACUGCCAGCUCAUGGCUCACUGGCUGCAGGAGCUACAGCAGAGGCGAUGGGAGUACUGCACCAGCCUGGACAUGCUCAAGGGGGAUCACGGGGCCCCACCGGCAUCCGGCGACGUGUCCACGGGCCUCGUGGCCAGAGACAACACAGACUCGGUGUUCCCUCAUCCAGACACUUCUGCAGAGAAGGCCAGAAACGUCCUCGCUAUGGAAACGGCUCCGGGAGGGCUGGUGGGCGAGUGCACGGCCGUCCCCACGCAUCCCAGCUCCAUCAAUUUCUCUCUGAGGCAGUGGGGCACAGAGCUCAGAAAUUCCAUGUCUUCUCUGCGACCUGGAAGAGGCCACAGCGAUGGGCGCAAGAGCGUGUUUUACACCAAUGAGGAGUGGGAGAUCCUGGACCCCAGCCCCAAGGAGCUGGAGGAGUCUCUGGUGGUCACCGAGGAGCGGAGACGCCCGAUGCCUGAAGGGAACAAAGGAGUUACCAGCUUCCCCUUUGAUCUGGGGCGUCUUCCCUCCAAAGCAAAGCGCCCCAUGAGAGACAUGAUUGGGUUGUACAGAAGCCGGCAGGGCAGCGGCAGCGGCAGCGGCAGCGGCAGCGGCAGCAGCGAACCGGCCGUUGAGGGGCCCACAGGCAGCACCGACAUGCAGAGUCUACAGGAGGAGCUGGUGCAGCUGAAGAAAGAGCUCUCCAGCCAGAAGGAACUGGUGCGGCUACUGCAGCAGACUCUGCGCUCCUCCCAAUAUGACAAGUACUUCACGAGCAGCCAGCUGUGCGAGGGUGUCCCGCAGGGCUCCCUGGAGCUCCUGCACCAGAAGGACGCGCAGAUCCUGGGCCUGGCCGGGCAGCUGGAGCGGCUGGGCGCUGAGAAGGAGAGCCAGCAGCUGGAGGUGCGGACACUGAAGCAUAAGGUGGGCGAGCUCAGCGAGCGGCUGGGCAUGCUGCUGGAGACCAUCCAGGCCAAGGACGAGGUCAUCAUCAAGCUGUCGCGGCAGCUCAGCGAGGACAACGCCGCUCCCAGCGUACCUCCCAGCUCCCCGUCGGGCCCCGACAAGGACCUGCUGGAGCUGGACCGGCUGAAGGACAGUCUGCAGGGCUAUAAAACCCAAAAUAAAUUUCUGAAUAAGGAAAUUCUUGAGCUCUCGGCUCUGCGGAGAAAUGCAGAAAGGAGAGAGAGGGACCUGAUGGCCAAGUACUCCAGCCUGGAGGCCAAACUCUGCCAGAUCGAGAGCAAGUACCUCAUCCUGCUCCAGGAAGUAAGGACGCCCGUCUGCUCGGAGGGGCCUGGGCCUGCCCGUGAGGUCAUCGCACAGUUGCUGGAGGAUGCCCUGCAGGUGGACGGCCCCGAGCAGCCAGAGCAAGCCCUCCUCAAACCGCCCCUGGUCAGCGAGUAUGACAUUUAUGGAUUCAGGACUGUCCCCGAGGAUGACGAGGAGGAGAAGCUGGUGGCCAGGGUGCGAGCCCUGGACCUGAAGACGCUACACCUAACGGAGACCCAGGAGGUGUCCACGGGGGUGAAGUGGGAGAACUUCCUGGCGAGCACUGUCAACCGGGAGAUGGCCUGCUGCCCGGAGCUGAAGGGCCUGAUCCGCGCGGGCAUCCCGCAUGAACACCGCCCCAAGGUGUGGAAGUGGUGCGUGGACCUGCAUGCACGCAAGUUCAAGGAUAGUGCCGAGCCCGGCUACUUCCAGUCGCUGCUGGAGAAGGCGCUGGCACGGCAGAACCCGGCCUCCAAACAGAUCGAGCUGGACCUGCUGCGCACACUGCCCAACAACAAGCACUACGCGGGCCCCACAUCCGACGGCGUCCAGCGCCUGCGCAACGUCCUGCUGGCCUUCUCCUGGCGCAACCCCGACAUCGGCUACUGCCAGGGCCUGAACCGGUUGGCAGCAGUGGCUCUCCUUUACCUGGACCAGGAAGAUGCUUUCUGGUGCCUGGUCACCAUCGUGGAGGUGUUCAUGCCCCGGGACUACUACACGAAGACUCUCUUAGGGUCACAGGUGGACCAGCGGGUGUUCAGGGACCUCAUGAGUGAGAAGUUGCCCCGUGUGCACGCACACCUGGAGCAACACCAGGUCGACUACACACUCAUCACCUUCAACUGGUUCCUGGUGGUGUUCGUGGACAGUGUCGUCAGUGAUGUGCUCUUCAAGAUUUGGGACUCAUUCCUCUACGAGGGGCCCAAGGUGAUAUUCCGAUUUGCCCUGGCGCUCUUCAAGUACAAGGAAGAGGAGGUGCUGAGGCUGCAGGAGCCCAUGGCCAUCUUCAAGUAUCUCCGCUCCUUCACCCGUACUGUCUUGGAUGCCCGGAAGCUGAUCAGCAUCUCAUUCGGGGAUCUGAACCCCUUCCCACUGCGGCAGAUCCGGAACCGGCGCGCCUACCACCUGGAGAAGGUGCGGCUGGAGCUUACAGAGCUGGAAGCCAUCCGGGAAGACUUUGUGAGGGAGCGGGACGCCAGCCCCAACAAGGGGGAGCUGGUCAGUGAUGAGGAGGAUACCUGAGCCCCCACCUCACCGCAGGGGCCCAGAGGCGCUGCCCAUCCUGCAGGGGCUCUGCUCUGCUCAAGCCAUUUCCAACCAGCUGGUGAGUGACCAGCUAGCCGUUUCUGUGACCUGUGCACACGUCUUCCAGGCUGCGAACUAUAAGGCUGGAUGGUGGUGGGGUCCAUGUACCCCAACACUGCUUAGCACGAGGAUUCCAGGGCAGAGGCAGGCCUCCUCAGAAAGGUCAACCUGUCCACUUCAAAACAGCUUCUAGAUCCAGAAUGGUGUGUCCCUAAGGGGCAUGCAGGCUGUGGGACUCCCAGCAGUAGCCCCCCAGCUGGCUCUGGCGAGGGCUGGGCACAGUGCUUCCUAUGGCUCCUGCAGAGGCAGCCCUCGCCAUUGUGGCACCCGGCCCUCUAGUCUCCAGAGGCACUGAGCACGGCCAGGUCCUUGUACCCUGGCUCUGGCUCUCCUCUCUGUUGAGGGCUUCUCUGACUG